AUGUCUCAAGAGUUACCGAAGAGGAUUUUUAAGGAGGGCGAGGAGACCCAAGUGACUCAGAUCAACAACAACUGCAGGAUCGACUUCAUUAUCAAAAAGUUGGAGGAGUGGCUGCCAAAUGAGUUGAGAGAAGUGAAGAAAGAUCCGGUUUUUAGUCAGAUUUUUAAGCUGCAUGAGAAUGGUCUUGGGUUCUCCGCGAGAGUGAUACACAGCUUCUUGUGUAGGGAGCUGGUGACUUACAAACAGCACGAGCUCUGGUUUGUCUUUGCGAGGAGAGCACUUCGGUUUUCACUGCAAGAGUUCCACGCAGUAACCGGGCUUCAGUGCGAUACUAGUAUAUCGCUUCAGGAGUUCAGUGACUGGGAUGAUGAUGAUGGGUUCUGGAGCAGGGUAUUGAAGAAGAAAGAAGGGAUUACAAUCUACAAUCUGUGGAUUAAGCACAAGAAUGCGGUGAAGAAGUGGCGUAAUGCAGAUCGCAUCAGAUUGGUCUACCUUUGCAUCAUUAUGUAUGUGGUUUUAGCGAGAGAUGAGAAGGCUAAUAUCCCCCUCAAAUACAUCAAGGUGGUCAUGGAUCUUGAGAAGCUUCGUAGGUAUCCUUGGGGAGUUGCUGCUUAUGAUUUCCUCUGCGAGUCAGUAGUAAAAACGCGUGACUUCUUAUCUGAGAAGACUACUAGUUACGUGUUCGAUGGCUUCUCCUACGCCUUGCAAAUUUGGGCAAUGGAAGCUGUACCAAAGAUUGGAAAGCUCUGUGGUAAAAAGCUGGUCAAGGGUUUUAAGGAUGGUCCUAGAUGCGUUAACUGGAUGGGAGCUGCGAAGGUGUCAUAUGACGAGAUCAUUCACUUGGAGAGCAUCUUCACAAACGAGGAUGUCACUUUUCCAUACAUCUCAUGGACAGGGAAUAUGGAUGUUGUCGAGGAUGACCAAUUUCGCAGAGCUGGUGAUGUGAGGGAUGAUAGAAUCAUCGUUCUGAAGGAGAUGAUAAGUAAGAAGUAUGACUUCAGUGAGCACAUCUGGGAGUAUGAAAACACUCCGGAGAUUUUUUUAGAUCUUAAUGACGAAGCUGUGCAUGUUGGAGAAGCUGGUAAUGGUGAAGGAAAUGGGAAUGAGAGUGAUGAAGACUUUCAGACUCCAAGAGGAUCAACGAGUGAUGUGUCGUCUAGAAAGGGAAAGGGAAAGAAGAGGCUUCCGGAUCGUGGUAUGGAGAAAAGGAAGCAUAAGGUUCUCUCUAGUGGACCAAAGCAAGCACCUUUUAGUGAAGACAUGAAAGCUUUUAUGACCCAGUUGUUUGAGGCGAAUUUCUCUGGAAUGGAGCAUAGGCUACAGAAACAGAUGGAUGAGAAAUUUGAGCAGAUGAAGGCAGAGCUUAGAGAUUCACGUAAGGAAGCAACGGUUGAAGUUGACCAUGGAGACCUAUCACCGAGCAAGCCAUCACCGAGCAAGCCAUCACCGAGCAAGCCAUCACCGAGGAAGCCAUCACCGAGGAAGCCCUCGACUUCACAGUCAUCGUUGAGGAGUUUCAUCUACGGUAUCGGACAACAAGUAGAUGUAAUGCUUGUGUUUGUUAGUGUCUUGUCUUCAUCUACGGAACCAUCAGAGAGUGCAUUUGAUGUGCAUUUUAGUCAAGAAGAUAUCAUUCACGGGAUGGGUACGCAAGGUGUUAAUGGGCUUUCUCAGGCGUCGUAUGUGACAGACUUUGACCCAUCUCAGACCCAAAAUGAAGAUGACUGGUGGACUCCCAUGAGUUCAGUCCGAGGUUCAAAAGUUAAACCAAUAAAGAAAGAAAAAGAUACAGCUACAGCUCCACCGCCGUCACAGUGGAAGAAAUGGUACAGAGGUAAAACACUCCAGCUAAGCGAUUCACCAUUGCCCCUAGAUGGUUCUCCACAGUCGUCACUGUAUAACUUUUCCGAGGAAUCAUGGAAAGGAUUCACGGAUUGGGCUUUGAAUCCUAUUUCUUUACCGCUUGGGCCUACAAUCCUAAAUUUGUUUCUCGCUACAAGGGUAGUAAGUCCUGGGAAAUGGCUUGGAAACGAGGAAAUGGAUGCAUUUAUGUUUAUGUGGCGAGUGAAGACAACAUUGAACCUUUGGGCCCCAAAACGUGUUGCUUUCAUGAGUGCUAUGUUCUGCCUCCAAGUCCAUUCUGCAUUCAUCAAGUUUUCGCCGAACAGAAAAGCCUAUAAAUUGACCGAUUUUCUUCUUGGGUACGGCAGAGGAGAGCUUCCAUCUCAUGGGCGGACUGAUCAAGUUUGGGGUGUCGAUGUUGAUCGGCUCUACUUUCCUCUGUUUGUAAAUGGUAAUCACUGGGUUGCUGUCUGUGUCAACAUCAUUGAAAAAAAAGUGGAAGUCUAUGAUUGCGGUGGGGGAAAGAAUAGACAACACGUUGAAAAGUUUGCUGCUCUGAUUCCUAGGAUAGUGAAGGCGGUUGCACCACCUGAAAGACAGAAGCCGCUACUCCUCUCUGCAUAUACUAUUGUGGAUGUGCCUAUGAAGAAGAGGUUGAACAAGAGUUGUUGUGAUUGUGGUGUAUACGCGCUGAAGCACUUGGAAUGCCUUCUGCUUGGUCUCGACAUCGGUUUGGUGGAUGAUGAAAUCAUCAUGGGUUGCAGACAGAAGCUUGGUGUGGACUUAUGGGAGGGUGCACAUGAACCCAUCUACGCUGAGGCUAUGACACGAUAUGUGCCUUCACCAUGGGAGAGGUCUGAAGCAUAUGACCUAGAAGAUUGA